UUUUUUUUUUUCCAUUCAAAUAGUUUAAUACAAGCCAUGUAUAGUCCUAAAUUUAUUGCUCCUGCAUUAAAGACAGAGAAUUCAAAUGAAGAAGUUAUAUUCGAUAAUACAGGAUUUGAAAAUGAAUAUUAUUUUCCAAAACAAAGACUUCCUAAAGUAAUGAAAGAUGAAAGCAAAAUUCCACUUGUGAUUGUUGCAUGUGGAACUUAUUCACCAAUUACUUACUUACACUUGAGAAUGUUUGAAAUGACAAGAGACCACUUUGAAGAACAAAAAGAAUAUGAACUUCUUGCUGGAUAUUAUUCACCUGUAUCCGAUGCAUAUAUGAAAGGAGGUUUAGUGGAAGCUAAACAUCGAGUAAAAAUGUGUGAAAUUGCAGUAGAUAGUACAUCCGAUUGGUUAAUGGUUGAUUCUUGGGAAGCAAGACAAUUAAAAUAUCAACGUACAGCUAUCGUUUUAGAUCAUUUUGAAAAAGAGUUAAACGAGUUAAAUGGAGGCAUUAAGACAAGUUCAGGUGAAUCAAAAAGGAUCAAAAUUAUGUUAUUAGCAGGUGGUGAUUUAAUAGCAUCCUUUGGACAUCCAGGUGUUUGGACAACAGACGAUUUGCAUCAUAUUGUUGGUAAAUUUGGAUGCAUUAUUAUCGAAAGAACAGGUACAGAUGUAUAUGGAUUUUUACUUUCACAUGAUAUUUUAUAUGAACAUAGAUUAAAUGUAAUCAUUAUUAAGCAAUUAAUCCAUAAUGAUAUUAGUUCAGCAAAGAUAAGAUUAUUUGUUAAACGAGGAAUGUCCAUUAAAUAUUUAUUACCUAAUCCUGUUAUAGAUUAUAUUUAUGUGAAUAAUUUGUAUCUAACAUAAUAAAAAAUUACUUUAUGUUACACUGAGCACGGUUAAAUUAUUAUUACUGUGUCUUUUU